CUCCAAGCCAAGAAACAAUGGAGAAUUGAUCAAUCUUUCGUCUUCAAUCCAUUUUUUUUUUAAUUCUUGAUAAUUCUCUAUCGAACAAUACAUUCUUUCGAAUUGGCAGCAACACAAUCAUCAAUCUUCUCAACCUCUCAUUCUCUAUCUCUGCAUUUUCUCUAUGUUAAUUUCGUCUUCUUUUUUCCUUUUUAAUUAUAGGUUCUUGUGUUUUGCAGGCUUGGUUUCUUGUUUUUUCUGUCUCUGUCUCUAUCUCUCUCUUGGGUUCGUUAUGUAUCCAAGAUUGAUGUGCUCUUCUACCGAUAUUCAAACUCGAAGCCCUCUUCAAAGGAAAAACUCCCGCGAAAAUUUGGAUAGAUUUAUACCGAAUCGGUCAGCAAUGGACAUGGAUUAUGCACAUUACAUGCUGACAGAAGGGAGGAAAGGCAAGGAGAAGCCCGCUGUUUGGAGUUCACCGUCAAGCGAACCAUACCAGAAGUUGUUGGCUGACACAUUCAAUAUCACCGCCGGGAGACGCAUUUUGGCAUUCAAGAACAAACCACCUGCUUUUGUGAACCCAAUCCCGCAAGAGCUCUUUUCAUCAUUUCAUCAACCUAAAAUUGUCAAGCGCCGGCGCUACAUUCCUCAGAGUCCAGAGAGGACAUUGGAUGCGCCAGAGCUAGUGGAUGAUUUCUACUUGAAUUUGCUAGACUGGGGUAGCAGCAAUGUCCUUGCAAUUGCUCUCGGAGACACAGUGUACCUAUGGGAUGCUUCAAAUAGGUCUACCUCUGAACUUGUUACUGUUAACAGUGAGGAUGGUCCUGUUGCUAGCAUCAGCUGGGCUCCAGAUGGGUGUCACAUUGCAAUCGGCUUGAGCAAUUCCGAUAUCCAGAUAUGGGACUGCAAUAGUAAUCUACGGCAUGUACGAACAUUAAGAGGUGGCCACCAAUUACGAGUAAAUUCCCUGGCCUGGAACAAUCACGUUCUUACUACUGGAGGAAUGGAUGCAAAAAUCAUCAACAAUGAUGUGAGAGUAAGAGAACACGUUGUUGAAACAUACCGGGGACACCACCAGGAAGUUUGUGGACUGAAAUGGUCAGUUUCAGGCCAGCAGUUAGCAAGUGGCGGGAACGAUAACCUUCUUUUCAUAUGGGACAGAUCGAUGACCUCUUCAAAUUCACCAACGCAAUGGCUUCACAGGUUUGAAAAUCACAGAGCUGCAGUGAAGGCCCUUGCUUGGUGUCCCUUCCAGAGCAGUCUACUGGCCUCUGGUGGAGGUGGGGGUGACAUGUGCAUUAAAUUCUGGAACAGCCAUACUGGCUCUUGCUUGAAUUCAGUAAAUACUGGCUCACAGGUUUGUGCUCUCCUUUGGAAUAAGCAUGAAAGUGAAUUACUCAGCUCUCAUGGGUUUACAGAGAAUCAGCUCAUUCUGUGGAAAUAUCCGUCAAUGGUAAAGAUGUCUAAGCUCACCGGGCAUACAUCUAGAGUCCUCUUCAUGACUCAGAGCCCAAAUGGAUACACAGUGGCAACUGCAGCUGGGGAUGAGACCUUGCGUUUCUGGAAUGUGUUUGGAGACCCAGAAGUAGCUAAACCUGCAUCGAAGGCUAAUCCUGAGCCAUUUGCUCAUGUAUCUCGCAUCCGUUGAUAACAAGCUGGGCGCUUGGGUCUUGGCAAGGAUAAUCACCAUCCUGAUGAACAAUAUAAUUUACUACUGUCAAUUAGUGUACAUUAACAUGCUAAUGCAGGAUUCACAAAAUCACAAUGCACUUUGAUAUAUAGUGAAGGCACAGGAACAAUAUUAAAGAAAAA